CACUAAACUGGCGAGAAACGAGAAGACAGCAAGUCAUUAAUCCAUAGGCUGUGUGGAUUUAGGACCUGGAGGAUGCCAGAUGUUUCCAGUGAGCCAGCAGCAGGCUACAGUAGCACUGACCUGCCGAUAGCAGCGCGAUAAAGCAGCAGCGCCGCAUUAAAGUUCAGCCAGUCGGACCGGAUUGUGCGUCCUGACGCACCGGCGGAACAGCAGCGAUGGGAGCUUCGCAGACGCGCUCAGAGCACAAGCACCAGGAUCUGGUGGAUAAAACCGGCUUUUCACUGGAGCAGAUCAAAAACCUUCACAAAAGAUUCCAGCAGCUGAGUGGAAAUGAAGAGACAAUAAGUAGAGAAAACCUGGACAGCAUACCAGCCCUGGCCAAUAAUCCAAUUAAAAAGCAAAUCAUUGAUGCAUUCUUCGAUAAAAGGAACCAGCAUCAGGAUGAAGUGGGCUCCUUUGAGGAGAUUGGAUUCGAGCAGUUCCUCAUGGUCAUGUCCCAUUUCCGUCCUCCAACCUUGAAGACAACAGAGGAAGAGAAGGAAGCUUUGAGAAAAGAGAAGCUGCGCUUCCUGUUCAACAUGCAUGACACAGACAAUGAUGGCACCAUCACUCUGCAGGAGUACAGGAAGGUAGUAGAGGAGCUUCUGUCAAAAAGCGGAGCCAUCGGGCAGGAAGCUGCCAAGGCGAUAGCAGAUGCUGCCAUGUUGGAAGUGGCGAGCACAAAUGUGCCCCACAUGGGCCCAGAUGAUUUCUAUGAAGGAAUAACCUUUGAGCAUUUUGAACAGAUUCUGAAAGGACUUGAAAUGGAGUCCAGGAUGCACAUUCGCUUUUUGGAUGUAGACACCACGACGAUGCGCUGUGGGAAAUCAACCUCUUGAAGCAGUUGUUCUUGUAAAGAAAUGUUUAUGUUACUGCUGUUUUUAGCAGAACUUCUCUAGUCCUUAAAUGGAAUGACGCAAACACUUUUGAUAUGCACUAAUAUAUUUUUGGAUGGGGGGACAGAAUUAUGAACCUAAUACCAUUAUGUAAGUACAUUUUUUUUUUUACAACUUAUAAUGAGUAAGGUUAGACAAGGUGGUUGUAAGGAUUCUGAGUUCAAACAAUACACUUUCAGAAAGUUAAUACAGUCUUUAAUCCUACUUGUGAUCCUACAAGUAGCAAAUAUCACAUAUUUCAAAGAUUUAAUUCCCACUUUUUUCACACUUUCACACUAAUUUUAUCAAGUUUCAAUGUGACACACUACCUCUUCUGCAUUCUCAUGCUUUUCUACAAACCUUUAAGUAACCAGCAUGUGAUGUGAAGGAUUCUUUAUUCUUUAGUCAAAAGGUUCACAGUUCACAUGAAGUGAGCUAUGCUCAGUGGCUGCUCUGGCAUUUAUGGGUCAUCUGUUGGGGCGAAUAUGCAAAGCGUAAGACUGCAGACACAUACCAUUCCUCUGCAGCUCCAGAAUAGUUACAGGAUUAAUUUAUCUGUUCCUCAGAGACUUUGUGUAACCAACCACUACUGUUCUACCAUGAAAAUCCACUAUUUUUUGACUUCAACACUUUCCCUAAGGUGAAUUAGUAAAAAUUUUGCACUUAAUUGUAUUAAUGAAUCAAAUAAAUUUAAGACAUUAUAAUAAAA